GACCCCGGUCACGCGAUUGAGCCAGUGUUCUCGACAUCUCCUCCUCCUCCUCGCCACGCUUCUACUUCGAUCGCAGAAUCGACUUCGCAGUGGCGGUGUCCUUUGACAAGGUGAGAUAAGUGCAGAGCUGAAUUUGGCUAGAAACGAUGGUACUUCGCAUCUCGGCGCGAGGGCGGCAAUUGCUGGGUGCAGGCGUGAGCGUGGCUUUGUUUGCAAUUCUAGUGGUCUUGUUGUUGGUGCAAUCCGAUAGCGUGCGCGGCGAAGCCGUUGCUGGAAACGAUGAGUGGAAGAUAGAGUCGGUGCUGGAGCGAGAGGAGGAGGGCAGCCAGCCGCUGCGAGCGCUGCGACGCUUCUUCGGGAAGUGGGGAAUUCGGGGGGAGAAAGAGUGCGAGGAGAAGUAUGGGAUUCUGCCCUGCUCGACGACCUUGGGGGGUAACGCGUCCUUGUUAGUGAUCUAUGGCUUCAUGCUGCUCAAAGCUGCGCAGCUGCUGUCCGAUGGGAGUGAGCUUCUGUUGGCUGUCAUGAGCCCCGGCAUCAUUGGCGGCCUCGUCUUGCCUAUAUUGGGUGCCCUUCCCGAUGCAAUGCUUGUUAUUGUAUCGGGAUUGGGGGCGAGCCAGGCUGAAGCACAACAUGAAGUGCUCGUUGGAAUGGGUUUGGUUGCGGGGUCAUCAAUAAUGGUGCUCACUUUGCUGUGGGGAUCAUGCCUUAUUCUCGGCCGAUGCGAUCUUGUUCCACAUCCGACGACCGGCCAGCUCAUAGCCAAAGACAGGACUCUGACACAGGGAUUCAAUCUCACCAAAACUGGAGUUACCAACGAUCGACAGACGAAGUGGGCAUCUUGGAUUAUGAUGGGCACGUUUCUCUCCUUGUUCGUGGCGCAGUUUCCUCGUCUAUUCCGUUUGAACACAGAUGGACGCAUGUUCGUUGCAGCUGGAGCUGUUGUUGCGGUACUUAGUCUCUGCGGUUACAUAACCUAUCAGCUUAUGGUCCCUUGGGUGCAAGAGAAGAGAAUCAAGAGGGCGAGGCACAGAUACUACAAAAUCCUUACUCUCAACAAAGCUGCCCAGAUGACACAAAGCAAGCAGUGGGGCAGUCUUUAUAAUUCUAAUCAUGAACCCAACGAGGAGGUGCUGAAAAAGUUGUUUGGACAUUUUGACGAUGGCGAUGGCCUUCUCACGAGGGCAGAGCUGAAGAGUUUGAUGGUGGGCUUAGGACUUAAGCGCCACAACGGACAAGUCCCCGACGAAGAAGAUCUUGAGCACUGGAUGUCAGAGUUCGACGUUGACAAUGAUGAGAAGAUUACCGAAGCCGAAUUCCUUCGGGCCAUCCGAAGAUGGAUGAAGAAUUCUUCCUCACGCAAGCCCAAAAGAAGGGCGGUCUCCAGUUCAGAUGGCUCCUCUCCCGAGCCUGAUCACGAGAAUUGGGACUUUGAGGCUCAGAAUGCGAAGAUGCAUUAUACUACUUUGGAGGACGAGGCCAACGACGACGACGACGACGAUGACGAGGAAGGGAAAGGAGGUGCUCCCUCUAGGAAACAGACUAUAACAAAAGCUAUUUGCUUCCUGAUUGCUGGAGCCGCGCUUGCAGCCAUUUUUGCAGACCCCUUAGUAGACGCAAUCGAUGGCUUUUCGAGAGCGUCUGGUAUCUCGCCCUUCUUCAUCUCCUUCAUAGCCACUCCUUUGGCGACAAACUCUAGCGAGGCAAUUUCUUCCCUCAUCUUCGCCAAGAAGAAACGCAAGAAAAACAUCUCCAUGACUUACUCUCAGAUCUAUGGAGCUGUGACGAUGAACAACACUAUGUGUCUUGGAAUUUUCUUAUCGAUAGUGUACUUCCGGCACCUAUUGUGGGAUUUCUCAGCCGAGGUUUCAGUCAUCUUUUUCGCGACUUUGAUCAUGGGUUCCGUGGCAGCUUUCCGCACCACAUUACCGCUAUGGAUGGCCUUCAUUGGCUUGGCUCUCUACCCUCUCUCCAUCGCCUUGGUAGCUUUCUUGGACUACGUCUGUGGGUGGCACUAGGGUCUUCGUGAUCCAAACCAUCAGGUAGGAGGGGCUGCUCUCGUUACAACGAACGAAGCACAGUCCAAAUCUUAGAGUAAUCAACGGGAAAUCGUUCCUUCGUACUGUAAAGAAAACCAUGCUGUAUCGUAACUGUUUCGAUGUAUUUCUUCCAGUUUCGACGACGCAAACUUUGCGUGCA